AUGGAUUCAAGAGUUAAUUCAAUUCUAACUGAACAUUUAGGAUUUAGUCCAGUGGAUUUAAUAGAUGAGGUGAUAAAUUCAGUUAAUCAAAUCAUGUAUAAUGGGACAGAAGAAGUAGAAAGACAUUUAAUUUCAAAAUUUCCACAAAAUCAAAAAGAGAUCAAAGAUGGUAUUUUUAGAUUAGAAGAGAUAAUGGAGAGUGAGAUUGAUUUUAAUUUUGAUAAAUUUGAAUUAUAUGUAUUGAGGAAUAUAUUUAAUAUACCGAAGGAUUUGGUGGAGGAAGGGUGGAUCAAAUUGAAACAUCAUCAAGGUAUAGAAUUUAAUGAAACUAAUGUAAUGAGAAAGUUAGAGUAUGAUAAUGAGGUGAAAAAUUUAAUGAGGAUGAUAUCUAAAGAGUUACAAUUUCGGAAAAUAUUUAAACUACAAAUUAGGAAAGCCAAACACAUUAUUAAAAUUAUGAACGGGAUUGAAAAUAAUUUGAAAUUUUUAAAUUGUAAAGAUGAUACAAUUACUAAAGACAUUGGUCCAUUAGAUGAGAUUUUAUAUUUUGUUAUUAAGGAAAUACAACGGUUAAUUGAAACUUUCGAAAAAUUGACAGUGAAACUAAAUACUAAUUUAGUUUUUAAAUCAACUAUGAGAGAUAAAUUUAUAAAUGAAAGGACUUUAAAGAUACUACAGCGAAGAGAAAUUACAGAAGCAAAUAACAAGAAAGGAACACUUGAAUCACUGUGA